AUGUCCAAAGAGCUAGAAAAGAAGUCUGACGAUUCUCUUACCGAAGAGCCAUUUGUGCAGGAAACUGCCGAGCUCGAAAAGGCCGACUCUGGCUUCUAUGCCAACUUGAUCAGCAUGUUCCACGGUGAAACUCGAGGCAUCGAAAGAGUUCCUAUUGAGGAAAAGACCCACGACUCUCUGUGGGCCUGUGCUUCCAUGUGGCUGUCUGCCAACCUUGUGAUUGCCACCUUUUCGCUGGGUGCUCUUUCUUACAGUGUUUUCGACCUCGACUUUGGUACCUCUGUUUUGGUGAUCAUCUUCUUCAACGUGUUGGGAUGCUCUCCUAUUGCCUUCUACUCCAUCCACGGUGCUAAGUUUGGUCUUCGACAGAUGAUUUUGUCCCGGUUCCUUGUUGGAGACCUUGCUAUGCGUGUCUUUGCUGCCAUUAACUGUGUUGCCUGUGUUGGUUGGGGUGCCGUGAACAUCAUGUCCUCUGCCCAGCUUAUCAACAUCGUCAACAACCACGCUUGUCCUCCAUGGGCCGGCUGUUUGAUUCUGGUUCUGGUUACCAUCGGUGUCACCUUCUUUGGCUACCAUUUCAUCCACGCUUACGAGAAAUGGUCCUGGGUUCCAAACAUGGUUGUUUUCAUCGCCAUCAUCGCUAGAUUGUCCAUCGACGGCGUUUUCAUGUCUGGUGUUCCUAACGAAGACGGCUCGGGAGUCACUCAAUGGGGUUCCGGUAAGACUUUUGCUGGUGGUGUUCUUUCGUUCGGAGGUACUGUCUUCGGAUUCGCAGCAGGCUGGACCACCUAUGCCGCUGACUACACUUCCUACAUGAAGCCAACCACCAGCCCAACCAAACUGUUCCUUGCCAUUCUCCUUGGUCUGUGCUUCCCAUUGAUCUUCGCCGAGGUCUUGGGUGCUGCUGCCGUCACCGGUAUCAAGACCAACGCCAAGUACGCCGAGCUCUACUCCGAGUACUCUGUCGGAGGAUUGGUCUACGCCAUUCUUGCUCAAGACUCUCUCCACAGAUUCGGUGAGUUCUUGUGUGUGCUGCUCUCCUUGUCCACCAUCUGCUCCAACAUUCCAAACAUGUACUCCAUCGCCUUGUGUGCCCAGUCUUUCUGGUCUCCGUUGGCCAAGGUCCCAAGAGUGUUCUGGUCCGUUGUUGGUAACUGUUUGUGUCUGGCCAUCAGUAUCCCAGCUUUCUACCACUUUGAGUCUGUCAUGGAAAACUUCAUGAACUUGAUCGGAUACUACCUCGCAAUCUACGACGCCAUCUCUUUCUCCGAGCACUUCUUCUACCUCAAGGGUUUCAGCGGUUACAACAUCGACCUGUACACCCAGAAGAAGCUGUUGAACCCAGGUUACGCCGGAACUUUCGCUUUCUGCUGCGGUGUGGCUGGUGUCGUGAUUGGUAUGGAUCAAACCUGGUACGUGGGUGUCGUUGCCAAGAAAAUCGGUCUUUUUGGUGGAGACAUUGGAUUCGAGCUCAGUUUCGCUUUUGCCUUCAUUGCUUACAACAUCACCAGACCGUUGGAGAGAAAAUAUUUUGGUCGCUAA